CCGUCUAACCCAGCAGAGGUGUGCAGCGGACAGCAGUUGAACCACCGCAACCUACAGCACCAUCAGCACCAUCAGCAGCAGCAGCAGAUAGAAUAGCUGUGACCACAAGAGAACAGGAGCCCUGCCCUUUGAUCCACUGCAUCCAAUGCAACAACUGCCACCGCAAUGCCCUGCUGCACUGACAACUGACCCAGCUGCAACUGUUUAACUGGCCGACAGACGGCAGAGCAUCGCUAUUCAUUACGCGUCCAUGUUUGUGGUCCACUUGUCGGACGCGGACGCGGGGAGCAGAUUCCUCGAAAGUAGGCAACGAAAAUCGGAAAAUCGGAAAUCUAAUUAGCGACGUCAGUGUCAGCAAUGCAAAUCCAUUAAUUUCCAGUCAUCACAUCAACAACUUUUCGGUAAACAUGCGUUGCUAGAGUCCUAGCAAAAAAGAAAAAAAAAAAGAAUCACGAGAGUUGGGAAAAUUUAACGCAGAAAAAAGGGAAAGCACUUUCCCUUCGCUGAGCGUGUGUGUAGGUGCGUCGGUGUGUCGCUGUGCUGGGUUAUUGGUGUGCCGCUGUGCGUGAUAUUGAGAGUGUGUGUGCGUGUGUGUGCGAGUGCCUAAUAACUCGAGCCUGGCGCUGACAUCACUUUCACUGGGAAAGCGAAAUCGAAGAACCAACCUGGAGCCCGGGAAUCUGCCAAUCGAGCCGCACGGCAACAAAAUCAAUUAAACUAUCAACACUGCACGACAACCGCCAGAACAACAAAGCUGCCAAGAGCCAAUUAUCGAGGAAAAGCGGAGGAAACCAAACGAAGGAACGAAAGACGAGCAUCGCAGCCAAGAUGUUUUCCAUGUGCACCAAGGUGAAAUCGCGGAGUGCGGAUCCGGACAGCUCGUUCAUGCAGCAAUCACAGCAGAUGCAGAUGCAGCUGCAGCAGCCCCAAGCGAUGGGAACUGGUGGAAAACAAAUCAAGGGAGGCUAUCUACUGCGCUACAAAAAGCAAAUGUUCUGGAACCGCUGGGCGGAGGAAUGGGUGGUGCUGUACGACGACUCGACCAUGGCCUGGUUCACGGAGCCGGGACGCUCCUCGCCGACGGGCAAGAUCCUGGUAAAGGAGGCGCCUGAGAUGCUGGCCAUCGCCCACUGGACCGGCCAGAUACCGCGUCGUCCGCCGCUGCCGGCGGGCGUGAAUGUGUCCCAGUUGAUUGCCCUCGGAUCGCAGCGCAAGCGGUCGAAGGUCUACUGGAUGCUGGCCAAGUCGGAGCAGGAGGUGAGCGACUGGAUCGAUGCGAUUACCAAGACCCUGCCGCCGCCGCCUCAAAUCGAGCUGGUGGUGGACAAGCCGCACCUGAUGAACGUGCUCCGUCGUCCGCUGGUGCGCAUUAGACCGGCCACCCAGUCGGAGGUGAAGCAGCGGAAGGCGGCGUCACACGGAGCCAGCGGCAGUAAACACCACCGCUGCUCGUCGGCGAUUUCCACGAAGGUGUAUCGGCAGAGCCAGGAUCCGCUGGUGAAGAGCGACGCGGCGGUGGCCAUUCUCAGCAAGAAGCCGGACUCAAAGGCAUCGCUGGCCUGCGCCCUACCCUGGGGUCACGGAUGGGGAUGGGCCACGCUGCCCAACGGGGUUUGGAGCGGCGGACUCACCUGGUCGCAGUGCGAGGACACCUUCACCCUGCACGCCCUGCCCACCACCCACUGCACCAACCUGAUCGACACCUCCUGCAGCGGGGCAGUGUACCACACGGACAUCGGAGGCUUCGACUUUCACUCCUCGGGCGUCGAUGACAUCGGCGGCGAGGACUUCGACUAUGCCAUGGACUGCGGUGAUUUCAUAUUCUAAACUCCCUUCAGCACAACCCACCGGCACGCAGGACCCAUUCGUCCUUGGCCGCAGAUUUUGACUUCGAUUGGAAGGAGCUCAGCAACUGGUAGUCGCUUGGGUAGUAUAUAAUAUUAGGUGUUGCUAAAUGUAAGGGGAAAUCGCGGCGUUCCGUAUACGCCCCGUUGUCCUUGUUCCAGACGGGCUAACUAUUCCGCUGUACCCUUAACAUUGUGCAUUGUCCUAAUUGCGUUAGGCAGUUAAGUUCUCAGUGUGCUGAAACAUACAUUAAGUGGUAUACAUACAUACACCAUAUGUAAAUGUGGUUAUAGCUGCGGCCAAAGAACUAGUUGUGACUGCUUCUAACAAUUCCUGAUAUAUGACGGUUGCCAAUAAAACUGCCCAGGAUAUUAACCAUCAUGGCUACAUGGUAUUCCAAAAAGUCACGGUCAGGAUUCCAACCUUUGUUGCUUAAAUAAUCAGAUUCCCCAAAAUACCAAAUAUGAGCAAUUCUUAAGUUCAAAUCUUUAAAAAAUUUAACGCAAUUUUAUAACGAACAAAUUUAAUAUUUUACCAAUGUCACAGCUAUAAUGGCCGUUGCUGUAGUUUCGCCUCGAGCUAUGGCUGAUACACGUGUGGCCGUGUAUUUAUCAAUAUAUAUUCGUGUUAACCCCCAACCCACAUUUGCCAACUACCAGCCACCGCCCACUGGCCACAGCACCCCAUUCAGCCACCCACCCACACAACCAACCGCAAUCAGCCAUCGCAGUCGCAGUUGCAGUUGCAACCACAAGCAUUUGAAAUGCGAAAAUAUUUUUGCAUCGCGCAUAUAAGUAGGCUACAACAUAUUUUCGCACUCGACGAGCGAAGAAAUCACAAUAAAUAAUGCAAACGGACAAGGCGACAACUAAAUUAAUACAGUAUAAUUCGCUUAGCUGCCUCGAGUACUUUGCACAAUGCCUCGAUGCAGGUAACUUAAAAAUGCAGCUAACUUAAUUUUUUUUUUUCUAUUUUCUAUUUUCUAUUCACACAAAAAAAUGGAAAAAUAAUGCAGAUAUCUUGCCGAUGCAGCUAACUAUCGAUGCAGCUAAGCGAAUUAUACUGUAACGAGAAAACAACCGCAAGAGAUUGAAAUACUUUUGUGUAUUUUGAGACUUUUGAAAUUUAUAUUGAUGCAAUUUGUAAUGGAAACACUUUUCAAAUUGUUUUGCCAUGAUUUUCUAGAAUUUUUGGAAUCGAUAGUAUUAACCGAAAACCGAAUCCGGAAAAAAGCCCACAUCCCGCGUUCCCCGCCAAAACCCAUUUUUGUGUGCAAAUUUUUGAAACAUUUAUACAGAUACAGUGCGCGUAAAAUAAGUCGGUCAAGAAAUCGAUGCAAAUUUAAUAUAAUUGUGUAAAAGACGAACACAAAAGCAACAAAAAUAGCGAGACAUCCCCGCGGAGUUUUAAACUGGCGCAUAGCAAUUUUUAUAUAGAGUGUUAAACAGAAAUGACAGUAAACAGGAAAACCAGGUAAAUAACGAGUAAUUAACGAGGUAAAAACGAACUGUAGUCGUAAGACCCACACACCGGCACACAGCCUAGUGUAAGUGUUAGCACCUAAGGCAUACGAUUGUCAGAUUGGUUUUCGAAACUAACUCACUCAGAUCGACAUACCCACCCGUACUGAUGUAAAGUUUAUAAAACAAAUCAAGCGAAACACAGAGACAAGUUAGCAUCCCAGGAAAAAUCACGGAGCAUAAGGCCAAAGACGAGUAUGUACAUGUAUAUACAAGUAAUUAGCGUUAAGAACCCAUUCGAGAUCACGGACAUUUGGGAGCGGAGUCAGCAGCAAUCACCAGUAAUAAUCACCCCCAUCGAUUCGAUUUUGAAUUUGAUUUUGAGGAACUUUCGACACGUCGUGUGCGAAAGGGAAACGCCGCUACGGACACCUUGAGAAAAUGUAACUGUAACUGUAACUAACUGUACGUUAGGGUAUAUAGAAUCUAGGAUAAGAAGUCGGGCGCCCGUUAGAGCCACACAAACAUACAUACAUACCUAUGUAUAUGUUAUGAUGAUAUAGGAGUAUAUAAUAGUUGUAUGUACGUACGUACCGUAAGAAUGUGCAGGUUUUCAAAAUGUUGCAUGCCGCGUAAUGUAAUAUACGGGUAACAGGACACUUCAGUCCCUGCGCAUCUGUUGCAUGUCCUUGUACGCGCUAAUAUACUUAUACACUACUAUAUAUUUAUGUACAACCGUAAACCAGAGCCAAGCUAAACAAAACGAAACCGCAGUCGGAUACCCUAACCUGAGCCCGCAGCCUUAGCUAUCAUACCCAUCACACCCUACCGCUACCAGCCCUUUAAAGUGUCUACACACAUAUGUACGAGUAAUGUAUCUGCAUGAAUACAAUACACAAUACCUAUAGCUAUAGUCGGCAGACGCGAUCGGGAGCAUUAGAAACGUACAUAUAGAACCCGCCACGUAACGUAACGUAAUGAAAUGUAGACUAAAAGACUUAAGCAAUUGUCGUUUAGACGUUAAAUUAGAGCGCAUUGAAUGUUGGCUUAUAGUUCUAGAUACCGAGCGAUUCAGGGGCGAUGUGCGGAGCGUUAGGAACAUAUGUUAUUAAGGAUAUCCUCACCACAAUGUUUUAGUCUGAAGUCUAGCCGAAUCGAAAUCGAAAUUGAAUUCGAAAUCGGAAUUUGUUAGCGAGGAAGUUGGAAACGCGUAACCAAAACCAAAACCGAAUACAACCAAACAAAAACCAAAUACUAAUGGAAAACAAAACGAAAGUAAACGUAAAGAAAAGUAAAUCAACCUUGGACAAUCACGCAUACGCAUGUAGGCAAACUGGAUUAAAUAAUGUAUGUAAAUUGUUUAAGCCCUGGGUCGGCAGUAAAACAAAAGUGGACCGGCAUAGUCUUAGCACGUCCAGCAUGGAAUCCUUAAGGGCUCCGUGAACUCAACUAAUCUAAAUACACAAAACUAAAGAAAUUCACAUUCGAUUGAGGACUAGAGCCAGGUCAUGCUUCAAUUAAAUGUCAAUCCCCACGCUCUUCAGUUGUACCGAGAAGUACAUAUUUUUGUAAACUUUAUUAGGAACACCGAGAUCUAAAGCGAAACUACUAUAGUAUUGUAACAAAACAUGGAUGUUUUAAAACGGAAAUUAAGCAAACGCAAAACCAAAGUAUACUUUAGACGCAAUUUUUGUAGCAUAAUUGUACACGUAAACUGCAUUUCCGAUGUUAGCUGAACAACCGUAUAUAUAUAUAUAUAGUAUAUAUAUUACAUAUAUGUAUGUAUAUACAGACACCCACAUACGAGCGCCAAUAGAGCGAGAUACACCCGUUUUUAUUGUGCUGCGCAUUUUCAACGUGCGGCUGAACUGUGAAUUCGAGUAUAGUACCCUAGAUAUAGGUAGAAUCGGUACAAACCAGGUGGUACAGGUGGCAUCGCGUGCAAAGCCGCACUUGAUGUAACCGAAUUAUGAAAUUGUAGAACCCAAUCGGAAAUCGGUGGCAUGUCGUUGUCAGACAAACCGCGGUAUCCGCGGGAUACGCCGGAGGGGCACCCUCAAGCAAUCGGGAGCAAAUAAGAGCAACCGAGGGUAACCGGAAGCGGAAGCGGGCCUCCCGCCAUCCGGCCAUCUCGGCAGAUGUUGCGCAUACGCCCCGGCGGUCGCAGCUGCAACUCACAAUUAGGCUAGUAAGUUCGCGUUGUUUGUUAUCAGUGUCGUUGAUGUUGAUGUUGAAUUGAAUUGAAAUUGAAAUUGAAAUUGAAUUGCCGUGUCAUUGUUAACCGUAUUCAAGUUGUAAACCGACGGCGUCGGAAUUAGCUGUUUUUGGGAACCAAGCGAGGCGACUUAGCAGGGCGGCACUCAUCGACCCACGCAGGAGAUUAUACAAAUUAUACAAGCAUUAUAAAUAGGUGUCCAUAGUACCCAUAAACAUACAUACAUAUAUACAUAAGCUGGUCCAAGGGGCUCUCGAACCAACUCCAACCUCCAGCCAAGUGUCGCGAACUUUUAAUCCGCAUCCGGCGCGCAGCCUGGCCAAGACUCUUCCGAGUCCCUCGACCAUCGACUCCCGACCUCUAGAGAUCCCUCCAGUUUCCCCGAACAGAAACUAGCGAAGUAACCACGUUAUUCUAUAGAUGUGUAUGUGUCUAUAAAUAUACUUUGUAGACGUUCACUCGCCGGACGCCGCCGAGCUCGAAAAAACUGAACAACCAGCCAACCCGGGAAGCCAUCGGCCAGCCAGCCAGAAGCACAAGAUCUCUUCAGGUUCGGGUUACACCCACUCGAGCCCGGAGCAAGUGCUGUCAUUCUCUUGGCCAACUGGCUAGCUCAGCUGGCCAAGUUAAGAGAGCGGCGCAGAUCGCUCUCACAUGGUUUCAAAACCGCAGCCCAACAACCAAAACAAGCGAACAAUGUACGAAUAAUUAUUAUGAAACGAUGAGCAAAUAGACGCUAAGCGAACAGCAAGGAAGCCAUCAAAUGAAUCAGCCAACGAGCGAUAUACGAAGCUCAAUUACCCUGUACAUAUUAUUUUUUCUCAAUUUCGUACUUAUGACUGUAGAAAUCUGUUAACGCAAUAAACGAGUUUGGAUCUUAAUUUGAUUAUGAAAUGUGUAAUAAUAGGUUGGAAGAGCUAUUUCAUAAAAAUUGUAUUUGUGUUUAAUUAUCAUUAUAAGUUUUGCUCAGCACUUACGUGUUUCCAAAAAUUAACCAGAUGGGGUAAUUGUUAUAAUGUACAAUAAAAUGUUUAGAUUUGCAUAUUUAUUAUUAUGAAUAUUUGUAUGAUUAUAUUUUUAAAUACGUAUACUAUAAGCUUGUGAGCUUCCCAACUGAACCCCCAACUAUGAUUAACUAUUGUUUGCCAAUCAAAUGCUAAAAAUACAGCUCAACCAUGUUUUGAUUCGAUGACUUCAAAAGGGGUUGAUGCAGAGUUAAAGGCGGAAAACAUCUGCGAAGCGUCAGCGUUGAUAAAUGUAAAACAAAGCAAAAAGCAAAUAAAGUUUAGCAACAAC